AUGCCUGAUGCCGAUCCAAAAUUUCUACAAAUUUACUUUAUGGGCGAUGAGGAGCAACAAUCACAUACACGCUGUGUUUACAACCAUAUAGAGCAGAUGGAAGAACGAGAAAUUGUGGAUAUUUUACAAACGUUUUUGCAAAAUCAUAACCAAUUGAUACGAUUGUUCAAGACUCUUUCUAACAGACUGCAAAACGACAAGUACGUCAUUGUCAUUAAAGCAGACAAAGUGCCCUAUGGCGAACACGCAGGUACAUAUAAUGUUCCAACUAUUAAUGAAGUUGCAGUUGUUAUGGCUGGUGACCCAUGUGAACGGCGAGACAUUCGCAUACAACGCAGAGAUGAUACGGUGCAAAUAAUUCAAGACAAUCAUCGUUCUUACGAUGCUUUGCAGUAUCCAUUGAUAUUUUGGGAAGGAGAAGAUGGAUAUUAUAUCAAUAUUAAACAAAGGAAUCCAACUACAGGUGAAGAACUGAACAAGAAAGUUAGUGCUAUGAACUUUUACGCAUAUCGGCUAAUGAUUCGUGCUAAUGAAGACAAUAACAUUCUCCGAUGCAGACAGCUAUUUCAUCAAUACAUUGUCGAUAUGUAUGUAAAAAUCGAAAGUGAGAGAUUACGAUACAUAAAAUUUAAUCAAGCAAAACUUCGUGCUGAGGAGUACAUUCAUUUGCGUGACGCCGUAAUCGGUAACGUAGAUGCAACGAAUAACAUCAACAAUAUCGGGACCGCAUAUAUUCUCCCGUCAUCAUACAUUGGUAGUCCGCGCCAUAUGCAGGAAUACAUUCAAGAUGCCAUGACCUACGUACGUGCAUACGGCCGACCAGAUCUUUUUAUUACAUUUACGUGUAAUCCAAACUGGGAUGAAAUUAAAAAUUUGCUGUUGCCAGGUCAAACAUCGAUGCACCGUCAUGAUGUCACUGCACGUGUUUUUAAACAAAAAUUAAAAUCUUUGAUGAAUUUAAUUACUCAUCACUCGGUAUUUGGUGAAACACGUUGUUGGCUUUACUCGGUUGAAUGGCAAAAACGAGGCUUACCUCAUGCGCAUAUUUUAAUUUGGUUGGUGGAUAAAAUACGCCCAGAAGAAAUUGACAAAAUUAUUUCAGCGGAAAUUCCAGAUCCGAACAUUGAUCAAGAAUUGUUUGACAUUGUUACUACUAAUAUGAUCCAUGGUCCAUGUGGUACUCUAAACAUAAUGUCACCAUGUAUGGAUAAUGGAAAAUGUACAAAGCGUUUUCCAAAACCAUGUGAAACUGAUACUAUCACUAAUAUUGAUGGCUAUCCAUCUUACCGACGUAGAGACGUAGACAAUGGUGGUCAAUCAUAUGAAUUACGUCUGUCAAAUGGUGUAAUAGUAGAUAUUGAUAAUCGCUGGGUAGUCCCAUAUUCACCAUUGCUGUGCAAAACCUACAAAGCGCACAUUAACGUCGAACUAUGCAGUUCAGUGAAGUCGAUCAAAUACAUUUGUAAGUAUGUUCACAAAGGUAGUGAUAAAGCUAUAUUUGCUGUUCAAAAUAUAAACGACAAUGACGAAAUAACACGUUAUCAAAUGGGUCGAUACAUAAGUAGCAACGAAGCUAUUUGGCGCAUUUUUACGUUUCCUAUCCAUGAAAGGGAUCCUGCUGUGAUACAUUUGUCUGUGCAUCUUGAAAACGGACAACGUGUUUACUUCACAGAAGAGACUGCACUACAACAGGCUUUAACGGCUCCAAAAACAACUCUUACUGAAUUUUUUAAACUUUGUAGUCGACAAGAUGUUUUAUUACAACCCUUUUGCAUUAUGCCUAAUAAUAAGCAAAAGAAGCCAACCAACGAUGCUAAGGAAGCAGAGCCGACUGAAGAUGCUCCUGCACAAAAGCAAGCAAAGGGCAAAGGAGUAGUCGGACGCAAACACGAACUUAAGGAAAGACCUCUCCAACAUCUAGGCCUGAUUGACGACGGUGACGACGAUGAGGACGAAGAUGCUGAUAUCCAAUUAAAUCAAACAGUCCGGGAAUUUUCUCAUGUAAGCAGCGCGUAUUUUACCUUCUGA